AUGGCAGCCCUGGAAGAGCCCGACCAGCGGAUCAUCGAGCGGAUCUUCGAGCGGAUCUCCUGCUACCGCAACGACAACCGCGACAAGGAGGAAGUGCUCAGCAUCAUCACGAAAUAUGGCUGGGCGAUCCGCUAUGCACCUCCGCUCUUCAGAAACUCUGAGGAAGUUUGUGUCGCGGCCAUGAAAACUUAUGGUCUGGGUCUUGAGUUCCUGUCACCAGCCAUGCGUGACAAUGAGAAGGCGAGAGGGUUGUGCUGGUGA